AUUGGACCCACCCCGACCCCCAAAGCGGGGGCUGGUUGUUAAAUUAUUAAAGCAUCUAGCAUACACCCAAGGACUGGCAUCAAGGAACUGAGCAGAGAGGCAGCAGGACUUUUAUUAGGUUCACGGGAAAUGAGGAACUGCUAUCAUGGCAGGAAAGCCCAAGCUUCACUAUUUCGAUGCCCGAGGCAAGAUGGAGGCCAUCCGGUGGCUCCUGGCUGCAGCUGGAGCGGAGAUGGGAGUUUAGUGUUCCAGCAAGUGCCAAUGGUUGAAAUUGAUGAGAUGAAGCUGGUACAGAACAGAGCCAUUCUCAACUACAUUGCCACCAAAUAUGAUCUCUAUGGGAAAGACAUGAAGGAGAGAGCCCUGAUUGAUAUGUACACAGAGGAUGUGGCAGACUUGAGUGAAAUGAUCAUGCUUUUGCCACUGUGCCCACCUGAUCAAAAAAAUACCAAGUUGACCCUGGUCCGAGAGAGGACAACAAACCGUUAUCUCCCUGCAUUUGAAAAAGUGCUGAAGAGCCACAGACAAGACUAUCUUGUGGGCAACAAGCUGAGCAAGGCUGACAUCCACCUGGUUGAAUUGCUCUAUUAUGAGGAAGAGCUAGACCCCAGUCUUUUGGCCAACUUCCCUCUGCUGAAGGGCCUGAAAACCAAAGUCAGCAAUCUCCCGGCCGUGAAGAAGUUUCUGCAGCCUGGCAGCCAGAGGAAGCCUCCGGGGGCCGAGAAAAGUCUUGAACAAGCCAGAAAGAUUUUCAAGUUUUAAUAAAGCCAGCGGGGCCACCCAGAACAUUGAGGACCAAACUUAUGAAACUUCUGGCAGUGAAGUUUUUAUCUAAGUGUAGACCCUGGGUGUUGUGAGACUAAUAAACUAUUCCAAAGUUUUAGUGGCCAUUAAAUAAUAAAGCUCCAAUGAGCAG